GUCUUGCAUACAUGUAUCAGCAAUUGAGCAUAUAAUAUAACUGUUGCGAGCUUUGAGUUUGACUAACUAUAAACAAAAAACUUCACUAUAUUCAAAUACCCUUUUGUUUUGUGUACAAAAUGUGUCCACUAACACCGAGUGACUUGCUGCGGAUUUUCGAGAAGGUGGACAUGAAUGGCGAUGGGUUUUUGAGCCUUGAGGAGUUGAAGAUGCUGCUAGAGAAGACAGGGUUCGGUUAUAGCAUUGAGGAAUUGGAGUCUUUGGUGGGAAAGAAAAGCCUCGACUUCAGUGAGUUCUUGUUCUUUUAUGAAUCUAGGUUGAAGCAGAACAAUAAUGGGGAGAAGGAAUUAGGGGCUAGUGGGGGGGAUGAUAGUGAUGAGGUUGAGGAAGUGGAGAGGGACCUUGUCAAGGCUUUCAAGGUGUUUGAUUUGGAUGAUGAUGGGUUCAUCACAAGCCAAGAGCUUGAGUGUGUGUUGAAGAGGCUUGGCAUGUGGGAUGAUGAAAGGUGUGGCAAGGAUUGUGCAUCCAUGAUUUGCUCCUAUGACACUAACUUUGAUGGCAAGCUUGAUUUUCAGGAGUUUAAGGGCAUGAUGCUUCUUACAACUUCAUGAUUGUUUAAUUUUGUGCCAAGUUUUACAGUUUGCAAGUUUCACUACCAAGUCAUUAUUAAGAUAUGUAUGGUAGUGGACAUUCUUCCUGGCCUUUACUUUUUGUGGUUUAUUGUAAUUAGUGAUAAUAAUCAAUCGCUACACGUGCUAUGGCAUACAAAAGUGUGUUAUUGCUACUGUUUGUAAAUUGAAACUGUUCAACAAGUGCUGAACAUUAAAAUAGUAAUGCAAAGUUGUAUUUGUAUAGGCUAUCAUAUGAUCAAUACUCUGUAGUUACGAAACUAA